UCAACAUGGACUACGAUUUUUCUAACAAAGUAGUGCUAGUAACUGGCGCGAGUUCAGGUAUAGGCGAGUCCACCGCUCUCCUGUUCGCUAAACUUGGCGCGAAGCUGUCGCUGGUGGGAAGGAAUGAGGCUAACUUGCGAGCAGUCGCGGCCGAGUGCGAGAAGCAGAAGGGCGUGAAGCCGCUGGCGAUUGUUGCGGACCUGGGGACUGAUGAGGGGGCCCAGAAGACUGCCAAGGAGACUCUCCAACAUUUUAAGAGGUUGGAUGUGUUGGUGAACAACGCAGCCGUUGGUGCCCGCACCAGCAUCCUACACGAAACUGACAUGAAGAUCUUCGACGACGUGUUCAGGAUCGACGUGCGGGGCGUAUACCUGCUCACCAAGCUGCUGGCGCCAGCCCUCAUCGAGACCAAGGGCAACAUCAUCAAUGUCUCCAGUAUCGCCGGGACUGUCGUCGCUGUUGGAUCUCUACCUUAUGGCAUGGCAAAGGCUGCACUGGACCACUUCACUCGCCUGGUGUCUCUUGAAUUAGCUCCAAAGGGUGUCAGAGUCAAUACAGUAAGCCCGGGACUUACAAUAACCAACUUUUUGAAGAACAUAAUUCAUUGCUCCGACGCCGAGUAUCAGGAGUGGUUGGAAGUUGCAAAGAAAAAUGUUCCGAUGGGACAGCCGUGUGUGGGAGACGACAUCGCCAGGAUGAUCGUGCACAUCGCCAGCGAGCACAGCAGGCUGGUCACUGGCAUCAACGUCGAAGUAGACGGAGCCCUGAGGUUCAACAACCUGUCAAACACGCUCGUCACACAUGUCAAAUAGUUCUAGAUGUAAUUAAUUACAAAGUCUGAGUUAUGUAUUUAAUUUGUAUGUAUGAUAGAAAUGAAAA